GAUGAAUCAUGUCUGAAUAUGUUUAAUAAAUAUAGGAUUGGUGGUAGCAGGAAGAAGAAGGAAUCAGGAAUGGGUGAAACCAAAAUUUCAUUGCCUCUGAACGAGAGAAUAUGUACAAAAAACACGGCGAAGAGACUGGCGGAGGUCCUCAUACUCUCCCUCCUCCUCUCGCUCCUCACAUACCGCGUCUCUACUCUUCGUGCAGCGCCCAACUUGGUCUGCCUGACAGCCUUCUUCUGCGAAGCCUGGUUCACCUUCGUCUGGCUUCUCUACCUCAACGCCAAAUGGAAUCCGGUGAUCUACAAAACAUAUCCCCAUCGCCUACUCAGUCAAUUUGAUUUGAGUGAGCUCCCGGCCGUUGACUUAUUUGUUACGACGGCAGACUCUGACCUGGAGCCACCAAUCAUCACGGUGAACACAGUAUUGUCGUUGUUGGCUGUUGACUAUCCGGCAAACCGUCUAGCAUGUUAUGUAUCCGACGAUGGUUGUUCGCCGAUCACUUACUACUCGCUCACUGAGGCCUCAAAGUUUGCCAUCCGUUGGGUCCCAUUCUGCAGGAAAUAUGACAUCAAAAUUCGCGCUCCAUUCAUGUAUUUCUCGGAAGACCCCGUCCUAUCAUCAUUUGGUCUAUCUUUGGAUUUCAUAAGAGAUUGGAAGGCCAUCAAG